AUGCCACCAGUGAAUAAUAAGUGUCAGUCAUUGUCAACGGCGUGGAUCUUUUGCGGAAAUGCGGGUCGGACACUGAUCAGAGGCCUUGGUUUCGCCCCUCUGCCGGAUCCUUUCAGCACCGCAAAAGAGCUGGCAGGCGUCAGCAUCACUUCUUCCGAUGCAUGUUUAAGCCCGGCUUUCAAUAGGCCCUGCGAUGAAGGACUCUUGUCAGAAGUCGGCUUGCCCAUGGCUCACUUCGUGAGGACAACCGUUCCCAAAGAGGCCGCAAGUUUCGCGGCUUCGACAUCAUUCUUUGUGGUUGGUUUGGAUGCUCAAGUGUUGAGACGAGAGACAAAUUCAUUCACAUCCCCUCAAUUGCCAUUGACUAUCAUGUCUUUACACUUUGAAGUUUAG